CCGAGAUUCCUUAAUACUUUGGCUUUCUGAGAAAGAAAACAAAUCUCUGUUUCCCUUCAAAAAAUCAAACCAACAUAAAAUAAAGCUGGAAAAUCAAGCAUCAUGAGUUCAGAUACGGAUGUAAACAAAAGUGUCUCCCCAGCUGCCGAGAAACAGCCGGAUGAACCUGAUGGCCCCCUUCCUGGCUCAGACAGUGACCAAGAAAAGAAAGUAAGAUUAUCUCCAGCAAAAAUGUCAACCAAGAGUGCUACAGAUCUAGUUGAAUAUGUCAACAAGGAUCACCCUUUUCUUCCUGUCAUCCCAAACACCCAGAGAAGCCAGCUAGAAGACAGACUGAACAACCAGGAACGCACCAUCUCUUUCCUCCUUGAACAAGCAUUUCGCAUCAAGGAGGACAUCUCUGCUUGUCUGCAGGGAACCCACGGCUUUCGAAAAGAGGAAUCAUUUGCCAGGAAGUUACUGGAAAGCCACAUCCAGACCAUCACCAGCAUCGUCAAAAAACUCAGCCAAAACAUUGAGAUUUUAGAAGACCAAAUAAGAGUUCGAGAUCAGGCGGCCACAGGAACUAAUUUUGCAGUGCAGGAGAUAAACAUCAAACACCUACAGGGAGUUGGAGAUCUUCGAGGAAGAGUAGCCAGAUGUGAUUCAAGUAUUGUGAAGCUUUCUGGAGACAUUCACCUCAUCAGGCAGGAGUACCGGCAGAUUGAGAAAGCAAUGCAGGAGCUCAUGUCUGCCCUAGAAACUAUUUCCAAGAACUUGGAUAUGAAGGUAAUGCAGCUCUUAGGAAAGAUAGAGACUUCCAGUUCUGAGCAAAUUUCAAAUUUAAAGAUGGUCCAGGGGGAUUAUCGCCACGAAAUGGACCUUUUGGAAUUCAAAUUUAAUUCAUUUUCAAGCAAUCUGUAUGAAGAAGUUGAGAAUAAUCAAAAAUGGACAGAAAACAAGUUCAUCAAACAAAGAAAAGACCACCUGAGCCAUAUAAAUGAAUGUCUGAAGGUCCUGCAGGAGAAACUGGAAAAGUCUGAAAAUAAAAUGGAAGAAAAAUUACUGCAGCUUUCAAGCAAAUUAGAGAAUUUCAUUAAUACACAGAAACAGGAAGUGGAACUCAACAAAGUAAAGCAUAUAGAAAAUAAAUUGUCUAAAAAGAUGAACCAAAUGGAAAAGCAGAUCUGGGGUGAAUUAGAAAAAAUGCAGAAUGAAUAUCAAUCAGGAUUUAAAUCAGUUCAUGACUCUCUCAGUUCCCUCCAGCAAAUACAGAAAACGAAGAUGGAUUUAGAGAAAUAUAAAGUACAGAAAGACCUAAAGAAAUUGCAGCGUAAGAUAGUGGAACUCCAGGAAGCAUAA